CAGAGUCGGCCAUCUUUUUUGUUUAUAUUUAUCUCGAAGGAAAUUUCUCCAAUAUUUGAGUAAUUUUAGUGUUUUACGAGGGAAUUGCUUCGUCAACAAAGAUGACCUCAGACCUGAGUCACCUGAGCUCAGUUUUCCCCUUACUCGCCGAGUCUGUCUUCAUGUCCACCUCCCUGGCCGUGAUUCUGAUCGACUGGAAUCACUCUUUCCUGGAGACGUCCCUGCUGAGGCUGAUCCAGAGUUAUCUCCCUCGAUGGAGGAAUAGGAACAUCAGACAAGAUGUGUACAUCUGUCUGGUCAUAGCAGCAUUAGGAAUUAUAUACCACAGCUCUAUGAAGCAGCUCUCUGUCAACAUGGAGAUUUGCAGAGUGACAGCUGUUACCGUCGUGGUACUUCUUUCAUUCUGGUUUCAAAGAAAAUGUGUGGGGACCCCAAAAGUACCAGUCUCUGAUAAAUCAGUGGGUGGGUCCCGAGUAACACAGAGGGAUCAGACAAGCAGUGCCUCCUCCUGUUGUGGGGUGGGGAUACCCCGACACCUCCUCUCCCUGUCCUCCUCCUGCUCCUCUGAGCCUCACUCUGAGGUGAACAUUGAGGAGGAGCUGACAGAGGGUUAUGUGGAGGCCUUCAGGGAACUCUUUGAUGAGGAGGAGGUAACUCAGGAGGAGCUUGUUACGGCCAUACAAUACCUCAACACUCUCAAGGGAGGGAUAGCUGCACACAGAAAAGGUGAAAAGUUGACAAAUGCAGUGGACCAUAUCAGGAGUAUGGGAGGAGAGAGGUCACGGCUGGAUGACUCUGGGCUUCCCCAGGAUUACACAUAUGAGGAACUCCGACACAUUGUGGUGGAUGAGAAUGAAUAUUCCUUUGAGGACUUUGAGAGAGUGUUGGGGGAGUGGUUAAAGAACAACAGUUUCCUCCCCUCUCCCGAGGAGUUUGUUGAAAUCCACCACAACAAGAAAGGUAUAGUCCAACUGGAGAAAGAGGUGGCAGAGAAGGAGAAAGAGGUGGCAGAGAAGGACCAAGAGAUCUCAGAGACAAGGAGAGAGAUGGAGGAGACACUGAGGGUUGUGGAGGAGACCACACAGGAAGUGAGGGAAUCCCGACAGAAGAACCAGUCACUCAGAGAGAGGCUGCAGCAGAAGGAGAGGAUCAUCCUACAGAACCAGCAACAACACCAGCAAGCCUUACAACAGGAGAGACUGGUCAGUCAACAGAAGGACAGGAUGCUACAACAGGAGAGACAGAGGGUAAGAAUGUUGGAGGAGAGAAUUCAGCAGCUUCCUGAAGGGGUGUUACAAAGGAGAGUGCGAGAGCUAGAGAUGGAAAAUCAUCGACUGUCCGCUCAGUCUCACAGGUCCAAGUGUAAGAUCUGUUGGGUAAAAGAGGUCCAGGUGUUCUUCACUCCCUGUAAUCACCUGAUCUCAUGUCAAGGUUGUGUGGACAGUCUGCCAAAGAAAAAAUGUCCUAUUUGUAGAAAGCCUAUCAAAGAUACGGUCACAAUGUCUUUUGCAUAGAAACUGUGCAACUUAUAGAUCUGUGAUUUUGGCAGCUGCUACC